UGUCAUGAAUUGGAGGGGUUGUCGUUGACCUCGGACAAGGCCACAAGAAAAUAUUCAUUACGUAAGCAAGGCUGCCGAAGCAGAGUAAGAACAUCCUGACCUGGCGCAUUUCUUCACUAACACACACAGCACAACGAUGGGAGGAACAAAACGCAAAUCUCGGGGUGAUACGCCUGAAGAUUCCUACAGUAGUAAAGCCCGUGCCAAUCCAUCGGUAGAAGCAAAAGUCGACCCAACCUACGGGCAACGAAGUGCUAUUCCAGGACUCGACGAAGAGACACUCCAUUAUGGCGACGAGGAAUUUGAUUAUGAUGAGGAUAUGGAUGCGUUGGCUUAUCUGAGAGCCGUCAGGCAGGAAGCAACCACAAUUCCCAAUCUACUCGUCGCGCCACGCGCACCUCCAUCAAACGAAAAUCGGGGAAUCUACGAAGAUGGAGUCGGUGAUUUCAGAGGUUGGUACGCGGACGGUGCAUAUAUCGCGCAAAUCGACCCGACACCCGAUGAGGAGGAUGAAGAAGAGGAAUACGAUCCCCAGGUAGCAUAUUUCGACUCGAUUCUCACACGAUAUCAAGAUCUUCGCGAUCAACUAUCUCAAACACCUCCUCGCUACGCGGUUGAAAGCCUAGGUCGAGACCACCCCACGCAUGUCGAUAAGAUGAACAGGGAUUUAACGCGGUUCUGGAUCAAAAAGAUGAAGACCGUGGAUCCUAAAGCGGCGCAGCUGGCCUGUUUUGACAAAGGGUCUGUACUGCGUCUCUUGAGGUUGCUAACGCAAGGGACAUUAUUGAAGAGAGGGCUGGGAGUCGAGAUGGAGCUCAGUCGCUGGAUUUGGAGUUUGCUUGCGAGGUUACCCGAGAGAGGGGAGUUGAGUAGUGAGGAGAUUGGGGUUGUGAGAGAGUUGGGGAAGAAAGCUGUUCUGGUGGGGGUGGGGUUGAAGGAGAAGGAGGAGUGGAAGGAGGGGAUUAUGGAGGUCGAGAGGGGAUUUGAUGGAGAGGCAGGGGAAGGAGAAGGAGAGUUUGAUGUGAUUAAUGAGGAUGAGAUUACGUUGGAAGCCGAUAAGGUUGGAGAGGAUAGCGGUGAAAAAGGGGUAGCGAAAUCGGCUUCUAACCCGGGACUCAUGAUGCAAGAGGAGGCAGGUAUAACGAACGAAGUACUGGAAAAUCCAGACGCAAGUCCAGAUGCGUUAGCAGCAGGCGAAGCUCGCAUCCUGGCCAGCCUCCCAGCCGACUCGAUAGAUGAGUCUGAAGCUCAACCAACCCCGAACGGCCGUGAUUUUGAACCAGUCCAAGAACCCAUCAUCGGACCUAUCCAGCCGCCUACCAAAUUAGAAGUCGCUUCUCAAGAGCCUGGAUUCGAUGCCAGGACCAAUACGAAAGCUACGAUCGAUAUGAUUCUCACUAUCGCCGGAGAAAGCUAUGGACAGAGGGAUUUGUUAGAGUUCCGAGGACAAUGGGGAAAUGAAUAGAAUGUGUUAGAAUUUACCUCGGCCAAGUUACAGUGCCCCCCCGGUCCCAAUGUUAAAUCGCCACUGGCCUCUUGGCACUCGCUUUACGCGUCGACACUUUAAACCCUUACCACCUCUUAAAACAGCUUGAAAUCCUUCUAUUUCAUGUCUAAAUGAUAAACUGAGCUGCCCUACAAUUUAACAUUGGAACCGGGGGGUACACUGUAGUUUCUUGUGCUAUUCUUGUUGUUCUGUUAGGAUACCACUUGCGCUGCUUCGAGUUAAGUUGCGUUUGGCCUCGUCUUUCUCUUGUGGUUUCAACGCUAGUUGAUAUACGACUCGCCACUUUUCAAACCUUCGCCCAUGCCACUGCAAUGCAUUGCAUCAGAACCCCCAACCCCCCGAGCGGACCAACCCCCCGAGCGGACCAAGUUUUUACUAUUCCCCCC